ACGCAGAGUUGCUAAAAGUGGGACAACACGGGCCACGUUUUCCGUCGACAGCGAAGACUGCCCGCUGUUGCAUUCGCAAGUGCGUGGAGAUAGGUUCGCCAUGAGUGACGAUCUGAACGGAAAAGUGGCCCUGGUCACAGGCGGAGCCAUGGGUCUGGGAAAAGCGAUCACGGACCGCCUUCUUCAGCAAGGCUGCCGGGUUGCUUUCAUCGAUUUAAACGAGCGCACUGGAAUGGGCACUGAGAGUGCUUUGAAAGCAACGUUUGGAGAGGACCGCGUCAUAUUUAUGAAAUGUGAUGUAACUAACGACGAAGAUUUCGAAGAUUGCUUUGUACGAGUCAAAAAGAAAUUCGGACGACUGGACAUAGUGGUGAACAACGCCGGAUUCGCUGGCGAAGAACACUGGAGAAGGAUAUUUGAGAUAAACACGAUGGCGGUGUACUUUGGAACCCUCUUGGCACUAAAAUAUAUGGGAAAGGACCGAGGCGGAGAAGGCGGCUACGUCAUCAACAUUGCAUCCAUUGCAGGAUUGAUAGUCUGCCCUCCCAUACCCGCCUACAACGCUUCCAAGUAUGGCGUCAUCGGACUCACGAGAGCAUUCGGGACCGAUCUCUACUACAAACGCACGGGAGUGAAGGUGAGUUGUCUGUGCCCGGAACCCAUGGAGACAGACUUGUGGCAUGGAAUAACCAGUUUCUGCCAGGAGAUAGCCCUGAACACACCUUACAUCACCGAGAACUACAGCAGUCGUGUGCAGAGGCCAGAGAACGUCGCCGAGGGAGUGAUUAAACUCAUUCAAGAUGGCAUCAACGGCGCGGCACUACUUUCACUCCAUGACGAAGGACUAGUGUACCAUGCAUUCACAAGCGUCAGAUGAUCCUGCCCAUCAAUGGGCGCAGUAUUGAUUGCCAAUAUGUUUAAAUCCCUGUGGUUCACAUCCUACCCGAUACGUCACAGAAUAUUUAUAAUAACAUUGUUCACUGAACCUCUUGCAAAUACUUCUAAGCGCAGAAAUUCUUGAGGGCGGGAAUAUUAUAGCUUGAUUUCACAUUGCGGAACGACAGUGUUCUGAUGCAUACGCUGGUACUAAAGAACAUUGCCCGCAGGCAAUGUUCUUGAAGUAAGAAUAGAAAAGAGGGGCUGUUUCACUCACGUUUGUUUACAAAACAAUAAACAUCUGCAGAUUUCUG